GAAGAAGCAGAAGCUGUAGCUGUCCACCAUUAAGUUUGCCUCCGUUCAGGAAGAGUAAAGUUCGUAACGCGGAGCAGAAUCGCAGGGAAUCAGUCUCAUUCUCUCUCACAGUAAAGUGUAUCAUUUCACUGUAAUUACUGCUUUAUAACCAAUAAUCAGUUGUGAGCUUCGCUUCGCAUUUUAUAUUCCCGCAUUUAUUUCCGGGUAUCUAGAAGAGCUGCCAUAAAAAUACUACAGUAACUGUUACUUUCGGUUUUGUGAGACUUCGCUGAAGGCAGUGAGCGUUUUCUAUGUCUUAUUCUAUCCAGGAUUAUUAUAUCUGAAAAAUAACUUUAAAGAUCAUGUUUUCACAUUCAUUCUCUAAACCAGCCGUUUCUGGAGAAUUCUGGACAUGUUUAUUAGAUUUAAUAUGAAUUCAGGCGCGGUGAUGGGCACGUGCAAUGAUCUUCUACUUCCGUUUUCUAGAAAUAACCAAAAACAUAUUUUUAGCCAUAAAAUAACCAGCGAGUUGCCUCUUAUUUUUACGCAUUUCAUUUUUAUAUUUUUUUUAUUUUUGACGCCUUAUCACGCCUUCCUGCUCUGAUCCAGAUCAUAGAUUGGUCGGCUUAUGAAGUUGAAGAAAUAACGACAUCAAUAUGGCUUCUUCAAAUCAAGAUGCCAGACAGUAUAUAAAAGAUGCUCAUGAAAACCUGGUCAGAUGGCUACAAAACCUGCCUCUAAUUGUUGAAAAACUUCACCAACAGAAUAUUUUCAAUGGCAAUGAAAUUAGAGAAAUUGCGGCAGAACCAGAAAAUUCCAACAAAACCAGGAGGAUAUUGGACUGGGUCUUAAACAAGGGUGAGGAGGCCUGCUGUAACUUUCUCAGAAUACUGGAUCACGAGAGGAACUCUGUCUUUCCAAAGCCAGAUUCUUCUAACCGGACUCCUGAUUUACAUACAUGGAUCUGCCUGUUCUCCUUUAGCGAUGAGGCUGAAGAUGACUAUAUUGAGGGACCUACCUCAUGUCGUCAGCUGCAAAAACAUUUAAAGACAAGAGAAAAGCACGUUUUUGGUCAACAGUGGAGUCAGAGCCUGCAUUUCUAUACAGACAAAGUACAUGAAGAGUUCAUCUUUGUUCCUCUAGUGUUGGAUACAAAGACAGAAAAGUAUACACCCCGUAACAAAAUCAUAUUCAAGAGCAAGAAAUCUAAAAAGUCCCGUUCAAAAAAGAUGAAGACCUACAUACCAAAGGACACACAGAGACAAUCCCCUGAAGAUUUACUCAAUAGCAGGGAGAAGAGUAUCCUAAUAGUAGGAAAACCUGGAAUUGGGAAGACGACAGUUGUUCAGCAAAUGUUGCAUCACUGGGCAGAAAGAGAUGACGGAAAACUUGACUUCAUGUUUUACUUUGAUGAAAACACACUGACAAAUACCUCAACUCCAGUUAGCUUAGAAAAUCUCCUGCUGAGCACAUUUCUAAUGUCAAAUCCACAGAUUAAAGAAAAUGCUGAAGAAAUCUUGCAGUAUCUUCAAGAAUAUUCUGAAAGAGUCACCAUUGUUUUUGAUGGAAUCAGAGAUUUUCAGAACAACGUGAUUUUGCUGGAAAUCAUACAACUUCUGCCUGAAGCAAAGAUAGUGGCAACAUGCAGGCCUGAAGUAGAGUACGAGUUCUCUGACUGGACAACAUGCAAAGUCUAUGUUCAAGGUUUCAGUGAAGAGUCGAUUUAUGAUUUUUUUAGGAAAGUGUCAUGUAAUGAUCCAGAGUUAGUAGACAUUGUGAUAAACAAUCCUGCUCUCUUCAGUCUCUGCCACGUCCCUAUGUAUGCUUUUAUGGUGGCAGCCUGCAUUUCAUACUACACUUCUGAAGAAGCACAGAAACCCUUCACAGCUAGUGAGCUGUAUGUACGAAUUUUCCGUCACUGUCUACAGAGACACAGAAAUAAGAAACUACUGCAUUUAGAUGAACACAUUAAAAACUGCAGAGACAAGGUCCUGUCUUUAGCAGAGAGCGCUUUCAAUGCAACCAAGUCAAAAACUAUCGACCUGGAGUUUGAUUAUGAUGAGGGAGGCAUUGCUGGUGCUUUCUUGAAGACUGUCUCAGUUGUGUCACAUUCCAGGAGUUUUUGUGCAUUUCUUCACAACACAAUGCAGGAAUUUUUUUCUGCUCUCUGGCUUCUAGAAAAAUCAGAAAUACUUGAUGAUGUUCUUCUUCUGUGUCAGAAUGAAAACAGUGAACACAUGAAACAUGUAAUUCCUUUCCUCUGUGGACUUCAAUCACAAACCAACAUUGAUCAUCUGAAGUGUCUCUUUCCACUGAACAAGGUGAAGGAAAAUAGUGAUGGGUUCUUUGAGAAGGUCUUAAACACUUUCAUUGGUGAAAAACCAGAGGAUGAAUACGUUGACAUUGCCUUCAUAUGUCAGUGUCUGUAUGAAUUUCAGUCACCUGAAACCUGCUGCUCAUUUCUAGAGAGAAUAAACUAUCAUCUAGAUUUGAGUGAGGAACAUCUUGACCCUUACACAUGCUGUGCUGUGUCCUAUGUAAUCAACCACUCCAGAAACACACAGGUUCAUCUUGAUUUGGAGAACAGUGCUGUGUCCCUCUCAGGCCUGAAGAUGAUUCUCAGACAUUCACAUUAUCUAAGGAAUUUCUCAACAACACUAAGUCAGAUCUGGACAAUUGCCUUGAAGUGUGCGGACCUGAAUUAUCUGAUAUAUCUGCUGCAAUUAUGUGGGAAUGAGAUUCACAUCCCAAUGAGCAGUCAGACAGAUGUGCUUGAGCAAGCUGGAAAAAUUAUAACCCAAUAUGCAGAACAACCAAUUCUCCAUCUGCACUGUGAUAAAGACCCACAACAGCUCACAGAUCGUUUCAUUACCACAGUGUUCUCAUGGCUGCCACACAUCAGCUCUUUCCAUUUUACCCCUACACAGGGAGAGUCAAAGGAAAACUGUCAACAGAAAUUCAUGCCCUUUAAACUGGAUUUGUGUCAUCAAGCAUUUCUGUAUCACAGAGAAGAAAACAUCUGCAUAACAGUGAAGAAAAUAAUGGUAGAUAUUUAUGAAGGACAGAGUGAUUUCCUGCUGGAUCUGUUCUCACAUGUGAAGCAGUAUGAGAGUAAAACAGACAGGAGUGUCCUUCCAGCAUUGCUGCCAGUUUACCGGUCACUUCCUGCAGUCUGGUCCAUAAAGCUCUCCGAGAGAAAAGUCUCCCUCCUCCUAGAAGUGCUGAAACUCCAAACACAGAAGAAACCAGUGGAGCUGAUAGACUGGUCAGAUGAAGAGAGUGAAGUGAGGAGUUUCCUUCAGUGUCUGCCCUACAUCUCACAGCUCAGGUUUAAAGUGUUUUACUCUGAACAGAAAGAGAAAAAAGAGAGAUGCAGAACAUUUCUACUGGAUUUGUGUCUGCAAACAGCUCUACACCAACCACAAAACAUCCAGCAGACAGUGGAGAAAGUGAUGCCAGAUACUAAAUACUAUCAUUAUUAUGAUGAAGAACAGAGUGAUUUCCUGCUGGAUCUGUUCUCACAUGUGAAGCAGUAUGAGAGUAAAACAGACAGGAGUGUCCUUCCAGCAUUGCUGCCAGUUUACCGGUCACUUCCUGCAGUCUGGUCCAUAAAGCUCUCCGAGAGAAAAGUCUCCCUCCUCCUAGAAGUGCUGAAACUCCAAACACAGAAGAAACCAGUGGAGCUGAUAGACUGGUCAGAUGAAGAGAGUGAAGUGAGGAGUUUCCUUCAGUGUCUGCCCUACAUCUCACAGCUCAGGUUUAAAGUGUUUGAUUCUGAACAGGGAGAGAGAAAAGAGAGAUGGAGAACAUUUCUACUGGAUUUGUGUCUGCAAACAGCUCUACACCAACCACAAAACAUCCAGCAGACAGUGGAGAAAGUGAUGCCAGAUACUAAAUACUAUCAUUAUUAUGAUGAAGAACAGAGUGAUUUCCUGCUGGAUCUGUUCUCACAUGUGAAGCAGUAUGAGAGUAAAACAGACAGGAGUGUCCUUCCAGCAUUGCUGCCAGUUUACCGGUCACUUCCUGCAGUCUGGUUUCAUGUGUUUGAUUCUGAACAGGGAGAGAGAAAAGAGAGAUGGAGAACAUUUCUACUGGAUUUGUGUCUGCAAACAGCUCUACACCAACCACAAAACAUCCAGCAGACAGUGGAGAAAGUGAUGGAAGAUGCUGAAGACUAUGAAGAAGACUAUGAAUAUUUUGUUGCUGAACAGAGUGAUUUCCUGCUGGAUCUGUUCUCACAUGUGAAGCAGUAUGAGAGUAAAACAGACAGGAGUGUCCUUCCAGCAUUGCUGCCAGUUUACCGGUCACUUCCUGCAGUCUGGUCCAUAAAUCUCUCCGAGAGAAAAGUCUCCCUCCUCCUAGAAGUGCUGAAACUCCAAACACAGAAGAAACCAGUGGAGCUGAUAGACUGGUCAGAUGAAGAGAGUGAAGUGAGGAGUUUCCUUCAGUGUCUGCCCUACAUCUCACAGCUCAGAUGUGAAGAAACGUUAAUUCCAUGUUUAAGUAAAGCAGCUGCUGACCACACAGAAGACACGAAGCUGGUGAGGGCUUUCUUUGCUGCUGUGGACUUCAUCUUCAUUAUAGAUUGGGUUUUAACCACUCGUGAGUGCAGGGCUGUGGGAAAAUUACUGAAUCUCUCAGACUCUAAACUCAAACUCACUCUGAAACCCCAAGCCAUCUCUCUCCGAGGGGCCAGACUUCUCUUCAGACACACCACACACCUACAGAAACUCUGCCUGAGUGAGCGUGUGGUAGGGAGGAUGGUACGAGCAUUUCGAGCAGUGAGAGCCGGUGGCUCUUUGGUCAUUGAGGAGCUCUGUCUGGACUUUAACAGCUCAAACCCAGAGAUCUUCAGAUUUCUGAGCAGUUUGUCUUCCCUCCUGAACAUCUGGACUGUUCACUGUGUGAACCUCACUGAGUGCAGGAUGGAGGCUCAGUCUCUCAUCAGCCUCAUGUGUCAUCCUGGCCAUUUCAAUAUCAGAUUAUCAAAAGCGACUCUCCAGCAGUUUACUGGUCUGCUGUAUGAGGCUCAGGAUGGGGAACUGACCCGCUUUUUCCUGGAGAAGGUGGGAGGAGACCUGACUUCCUGUUCUCUCAGUUGGGAGGAGCUUAUCUAUUUUCUCCAGCAGCGAGUUUGCCGCAUUAGUGUGAACAUCAGAAAGAGCAAAAUCACAUAUAAACACACCAGAGAGAUUCUUCCUCUACUGUCUGAAAUUCAGUUUAAACGAUUGAACCCCAGUGUUGCGCUGUCAAUCAUCAGAGAGAUCUAUAAGACUGGCUCUGCUCACUGUGUGUCCAGUCUGUUGAGUUCAGUACACAACUGUAUCAACCUGAACAAUACACAGCUGGACUCAUACCACUGUACUGCCCUGUGCUUCACCCUCCAACACUGUACAUCUGUCUCUCUGAGCCUGCUGUGGACCUCCAUACCAGAGGGGGAGCUGGUGAAGAUUCUGCCUCUGUUCAACAGAGUUUCUCAGCUCAGUGUUGACAGGUCCCUGUUGCUGAAGAUACUCCACUGUUGCAGUAUCUCUGAGCUCCAGCAGGGGGCAGCAGCAGCAGUUUUCUCUGCUCUGCAGAACAGACUGGACUUCUCUUGUAGCACUGGAUUAGAUCUGAGCACAGAAACACAGAAUAACACUCUGAAUCUGACCACUGAGGACUGCAGAGACAUCAGCACUGCCAUCCAGAAAUCUCAUCAACAUACAGAGCUCAUUCUAGAGGACUGUGAGCUGGAGGACACUGGAGUGGACAUGUUCUUACUUAUUGUACAUACUGUGAGACUACGCUGUAGUAAACCUCUAUUGCUCCGGUUCCUGGCUCUUCUCCGUGUGAUGAAUGAGUCAGACUGUAUGAGACAUGUUAUGUCCCUCUCAAAGGCUCUGAAUAGAGAAAUGGACCUCAGUGAGACACCUCUGGACCUCCAUGACUAUAGAUCAUUAGCUUUGUUUCUGGAAUUUUCUGAAGGUCUGUCAGAACUGGACCUCAGCCACUGCAAGCUCACUGAUCACGGCCUGGAGCUGCUGUUACCACAUCUGGAUAAAGUAGAGGUCCUGGAUCUGAGUUACAGUGAGAUAGACGAUUGUUUAGCAGGAAAGAUCUACACAGCUGUUUCCACUAGCAGCAACAUACAGACAGUUCGACUCUUCAACAACAGAAUUACUGAUAAGGAGCCUUUUCGAAAAGACAAGCGCUUCGAGAUCUGGUGAUGACCGUGAACCGGUGUCCUGGUUUCACCCUAAACAGAAUAAGAAAUAACAUGUACACUUAUGGAAUUUGGCAGACAUUCCAUAAAUAGUCCUCAUUAAAGUCUUUUCUUAAAUCAUUUAUAUUUUAUUAUUUAUGGUUCUGUUUUAUUUUUGUCUGUUCAAUUAUUUAGAAAUCUCAUGGCUUGUUAACAUUCUGUGUUAAUUUUUCUUUUUGUGUUAGUAUAUUGAAUUAUGUUUGCCAGGCACUGGAAACAAAUGAGAAGGCCACAUGUUUUAUUCUUUCUGAAUGCCAAUGAUAUUUUCCUGUUACAUCAGUGAAAUACUGGACUUCACAAUACACAUCUAUUUACCUGUAUUUUUUGUGUGUUUAUUAAUUUAACAGUUUCUCUGUGUAAAUAUACAUUAUACAGUAGCUAAAACAUAUUUUAAAAACUGGUGUUCAUGAUUGGUCCCCUCUACAUUUUAUCUGAUUUCAAAAUGCUGAUCAUUUCUUCCACAGGCAAUCUGAUUUAUACAGAAUAUAUAUAUAUAUAUAUAUGGCGUAGCACACUAGUCUGCCGUGCGAGAGUGUCAGGUUCAAAAAAUAUUGUGUCUGCAGUGUAGUGAAUGGCAAAGUAAUUGAAAAGUCUCUUACAACAAUAGAAUGUGUGAUACAUGUUAGAGGUAGUGUUGAGAUGGCAUACAACAGCAAUGGAUAAAUAAUGGAAAAGGAAUAAUCGCAGACUCCAGACUGGGCCCUGGACAAAAUUGUAACUCAGAUGAAGAGCCUAGUAUAUGAUGGUUAAAAGAAGAAAAAAAAAAAACAGUGAGCUUGAGCCAAUACAGCAAAAGUCUUUCUUUAAAUUUCUAUAUUCAUAGAUAUAUGCAUCCUUUCACUGCAGCAAAAAAAAAAAACCACAGUCCACCCCGGGGAUCUGGAAUGAAGGCAGACUGUUUUGUGCAAAAGAAAACCCAAACGCAUGAAUGGAUCUUAAAAAAGCUUACCAACUAUUUUGAAGAAUCUUUUCUUGAAAAGUCCACCUUGAAAAUGCAUUUGUAAGGAUGUCCUCGACCAAAUCCAUUUCUUCUCCUCUGUCAGCCAUUGUGAGUUAAAAUAUAUAUAUAUAUAUUUUAUUUAGUUUGUGCGGUUCGCUGCCUCUGACUACUCCAAUUAUCCAAUCAAAUUGCUGAUGUAAUCGUAUGCCUGCUAAGCAUGCCCAGUGAUGCCAACUCAAAAUCUGAUUGGUUAAGGUAACAAAUUCAUUGCCACUUAUUUUAAACUACAGGCACCUGCAGUAUUGAUUCUGAAGGCCUUAAAGCCGGGCAACACAUGAUGUCAGCCACUGGCUGAAAUAUGAUUGGAUAAAUACUCUUAUCAUAAAUAUACACUACUGGAAGCAGUGCAACCAAGAGAAAAGCUAUGAGAUGUAGAGAAUAGACUAUUGGGAAUAAUUUAAUACACAUUCAUGGAAAAAUAUAUUAAAUAUAUUAAAAUGCAAGUCAGUGAUUCAGAUCAGUGCUGUUUAGGCCAGCAGAGAAGGCCUUACUGACCCUGACGGUCUGCCACUGAUAUACUUUUUUUUUUUUUUUUUACCAUUUUGUGUCCCAAACCAUUUUGAUUCUGUCACUGUUACAAUGAUAAUGGUUUCGGUAGAGAAAAAUUAAAAUCAAUAAAUUUUACAGAGGUGAACGGGAGAGUACAUCUCCAGUAGUGCAUCUUGUGGUAUUUACUUUGCUUGUGGCGAACUAGUGCAACUGUGUCUAAAUAUUCUGAAUGAAAGUGAUUCUAUGUUUUAUUAAAAAUAUUUUGUAUUUUUUUGAA